CCUUACUCUCUCCCACCCUCGCCGGAUCUUCUCCGGGCACGACCCUCGACGCCAGUCGCAUUUGCCUUUGCAGCGGCGCACGGCCGGUUCCUUACGCACAGCCUCCUCCAGCACCACCACCACCCUCGUCACCCUCAGCGAGCCAACCAAGGCGAAACAUCACCACCGCUCCAAACCCCCCACCCCUUCUCUCUCUCUUUUCACCUCUGCGAGCUCUGA